AUGGCCAAGGUUGCAAGUGGCUUUGGACCUGUACCCUACUGCUGCGAGCUCUUCCCACCCACCGUGGAAGAGCUAACUGCAAGAGUGCAGCAUUUCUGCCUGGGAGGUGGCCCUGGUAGAAGAGAAGCAGAGAGUUCUGUGCGUGGAGGUUGCAGAGAGCAGCAGGUGCAGGUGCAGGUGCAGGAGGAGUCGGGCCUCCUGGAGGUCCAGAGGGAGCUCAGCACUGUGCUAGGAAGGAGGAUCCCCUCAGGUCCUCAGGAGGGUCCCCUGGGAUGCCAGCCUACAAAGGCCCAGUCCAGUGACUGCACCCUCAUCUUGGUCCCAGCCCAGCGGGAGACCGGUCCCCCAAUCCACAAAGGAAUCAGGCAGCCAAAAGCUUGGUGGGGCAGAAGCACUGGAGCAAGUCCUCAUCCUCUCCUUGACUGGCUCCCACAGUCCCCGGAAGUCCCUGGGCUUGCCUGCCACAGGACAAGAUCCCCUGCCUUCUCAAGGCCCCGCCCCUCCGGACCGGCUGCGGCACACGCGCUGGGACAGUUGGUACCCAGGCCAACCGCCCCGGGCGGCGUCCACCUGGCGGGGAGCGCGGGCAUCAUGCACCUGCAGGCGUCUGGGCACAGAUCGCCCCGACUAAGGAGCGGCCCCUUCCUGCCCGCGUCCAGGGGUCAGCCCGAGGACCCCGGCCCGCGGCCGUCCACUCUGGUGUCGCCUCAUAGGAUAGCAGAUACUGGGAUCUUUCUCGACUCUGAGUGUGAGGCCCUUGGGGGCUCCUGGAGAUGAUCCAUGAGGGUGUGCCUCCCCUGAGUGAGCAGCCUGGAGACUUUUGCUCUUGGACUCAUCACCUUGGAGACUACACCAAUUUGAAAAUUAGAGUUUGAGAUUUCCUACCCUUGGAGGAGCCCCCUGAGGUUUCUACUUCGGGAUUGCUGCCCUAAUGAGUCGUCAUUCUCGAAGUCUCUACAUGUGUCUACAACUUCCCAGGGCCUAACGCAUGCCAAGCACAGUCUACCACUGAACUACAGCCCCAGCCCUUGGCUCUACCAUUUUGAGACCAGCAGUUUGCCCUGUGACCUCGAGUCUCUAAUGGAUGUGAGGAAAGUGGCUAAUUUUCAAUCAUCAUGUGAACCGCUUCCCUCACCACACUCUUCCAACAUGACGUUCUGCCUCACCUGAGGAAUAGAGCUGGCUGUCUAUGGACUGAGAUCUCCAAACCGUGAGCCUCUAAAUAAACUUCUCCUCCUCUGCAGCUGUUCUAGUUAGGUAUUUACUCACAGCAGUGAAAAAGCUGACUAAGACAGAUCUGAAAACUGCCCAAUGUUUCAGGUGAAGCAGGGAAUAUUUGCCACGGUGUGUAAAUAGAGCUGGACCAACAGGGUGGACUCUCAGGGUUCAGAGUCAGCGAGAGGGUGUGGGGCUUUCUCCUGGAGUCCUGUCCCCUGAUGUCUGACAGACGGCUGCCCUAGCAGCCUUGGGAAGUGUGAUAAUUAGCUUUUCAUCACUGCAACAAAAUACCUGAGCAAAAUGACUUAGAAGGAAGAAAGAGCCGAACAUGGUGAUGCACACCUGCCAUCCUAGCAGCUUGGGAGGCUGAGGCAGGAGGAUCACAACUUUGAGGCCAGUCUUAGCAAUUUAGGGAGGCUCUAAUUAACUUAAUUUCAUUUAUCUCAAAAAAUAAAAAGAGGGCUGUAGAUGUGACUUAGUGGUAAAUUGCCCCUGGGUCCAAUCCCUAGUACUCACCUGCCCCCAUAAGAAAAUAAAUAAAUGGAAGAAA